AUGUACAAUGCUACUCGCUUGGUCCUUGAAAAAAUUGCCAUUGAUCGUCGGGUAUCAUAUUCUCAACGUGGGGAUGCUAAAUCUGCUCUAAAAAAGUUGGUAUCAUUUGAUUUCGUAUUUAUCUUACAUCUUAUGGAAGAUCUUAUAGGAUAUAUAGAUGGUCUUUGUCGAGCUUUGCAGCAUAAAUCACAAGACAUUUUAAAUGCUAUGCAUUUAGUUGUUGGUACAAAAUCCUUUAUUCAAAAUUUUAGAGAUAACGGUAGGGAAUCCCUUUUACAAAAGGUACAAUCAUUCUGCCUUAAACAUGAUACUCAAAUACUGGAUAUGCAGGUUGCUUAUUCUGAUAUAAUUCGAUCUCGACGCAACAAAGACACCAUAAUAGUGGAGCAUCAUUAUCGGGUGGAUGUGUUUAAUGCAGCUGUAGGUCAGCAAUUGCAAGAGCUAAAUAGUCGCUUUAGUGAACGAACAACAGAGCUACUGACUUUAAGUGCAUCUUUGAGUUCUAUUGGUGGAUAUAAACACUUUAAUGUGGAAAAUAUUUGUCUCCUGGUAGAGAUAUACUAUCCCGAGGACUUUACAGAGUAUGAAAAAUCACAAUUGAAGUAUCAACUUCAACAAUUUUAUAGUGAUGUUCCUAAGCACCCGGAUAUGAAGGAUUUGAGUACCAUUACUGAUUUGUGUAGAAAUUUGGUGGAGACUAGGAAAUCAGUUUCUUAUCCAUUAGUUAAUAGUUUGAUUCGGCUUAUUUUGACCCUUCCGGUUAGCACAGCAACAACAGAAAGAGCUUUCUUGGCAAUGAAAAUUGUGAAAACUAGCCUUCGAAAUAAGAUGGAAGAUGACUUUCUUUCCGAUUACUUGCUAGUGUAUAUUAAUAAGGAGAUUGCCGUAAAAUUUGAAAUAAAGUCAAUUAUAGAUGACUUUUAUUCUAUGAAACGUAGGAGAGCUCGUGUUAAGUGA